UCUACAAUAAUUAAUCAUUGCAAUUCAAAAUGCCACUCUGAAAAAAGUGUUUCAAAUAAUAAUAAUAUUCAGCUUCAAGUGAUAUUGGACGACAGUUUCGAUCAAGCAAAGAAAAUGACGACUUCAAACAUUACCUCAACAUGAAUACUGUUCAUGCUUUGUUAAAAACUAAUAUUCCUCUUGAAAAACUGGAUCACCCUGCUUUCCGAGAAUGGUUAAAUGAAAAUGUAAAAGGAGGUGGAAAUAUUGUAAGUGCAAAGUGGCAAAGGGAAAAAUAUUUACUGCAAGUAAAGAUAAAGUGUGACCACGAAAUUACAAAAUUAUUAAAGGAAAAGCAAAUCGUUAUACUAUGUGAUGAAACCACUAAUCGAAAAUGUGAAGCCGUAUUUCAAAUUCUGUUUCGCAUUUUGCUUUCUGGGACACACGUUGAACCUCUGAAUGUUGUAGCUGCAGUAAAUGUCUUACAAAUUUGCACAGACGAUUCGUGUUCUAAACCAAUUAUACAGGCUCUUAAUAAGUAUGAUGUUAAUUUUGAAAACGUGAUUGCAAUUUCAACUGACAGUGCACCUUAUAUGAACCUUUGUGUGCGUUUGCUUAAGGAACUCUUAAACACUUCAUUUGAACACAUUCAAUAUUAGGACCAUAAGUUGGAUAAGAUUUGUAAAAAUAGUAAUAAGUUGUCACGACUCAAUGAAUGUGUAAAAAUGUCAAAGAAAUGUUCAAAAAUUCAAGAAAGCGAAAAAAUAUGUACAUGAACUAUCUGAAAGAUAAGUACCGUUUUACCUAAGAAAAGGUACCAAACUUUUUCCCACUUCCAGUUAUCACAAGGUGUAGCUCGUGGAAACAUGCUGCUGUUUACGUAUGCGAAUAUGUAGUAGAUGUGUCAGCUUACGCAAAAACUCUAAGUGGGGAAAUAGAGGCCAUGAAUUAUUUUAAGCGUCUUAGUACAAAAGAUAUUUCGAUUAUUUAAGCAGAAGCAACAUUUGUUAAGGACUAACAGUUCCAGUUGACGAUUUAGUGUUAUUACUUGAGGGAUCAAAAUAUCCAACCGCUCACCGAUUCUACGCAGAGAUUAGAGAAUUGUAUGCUUAUUUCAAGGUUGUAAAAACGGCGACGGAUGAUAAGUCUGUACUAGCUGAAGAAACUAAAACGUGGUUUCUCGUCAUAUAAUGACGUUGGUUCUCAAAAGCAGUGCAGACUAUUAGAAGGAAAUGGAGAAUUGAUGUUUUCUCUUUACUUCAAUGAUCCUAAAUAAGUGCGUCUUAAAUAAUACUUAUAAUGUUAAAUUACAAAAAGUUUAUAUUUUCAAGACUGUUUGUGAAUUAUAAGACUAUAACUAAAUGUAUCUAACUU